AUGGCCCUUAAUCGCUCCUUUAAGUUGAACUCAGGAUAUAGUAUUCCGGCUGUUGGCUUGGGAACAUGGCAGUCAAAACCAAACGAAGUCAAGGAAGCUGUCGCAUUUGCGUUGAAAUCAGGAUAUCGCCAUAUUGAUGCAGCGGCAGUCUACGGAAAUGAAACGGAAGUCGGAGAAGGUAUCAAAGCAUCAGGGAUAGACAGGAAAGACAUUUUUAUCACUGGUAAAUUGUGGAAUACAGACCACAAGCCCGAAGAUGUGGAGGAAGCGCUCGAUAGAACAUUACGAGAUCUCCAGACGGAUUAUCUUGACCUUUAUCUCAUCCACUGGCCGGUUGCAUUCCCAAAGUCUGAAGAGAGCUUUCCCGUUGAUCCCAAAACCGAGGAAAUCAUUGUAAUCGAUGUCCCAAUCAAAGACACAUGGGCAGCAAUGGAAGGUCUCGUGAAGAAGGGAAAGAUCAGGAGUAUUGGAGUUAGCAAUUUCACCAGAGAAAAAGUCGAGACUCUGUUAAAAACUGCAACCAUUCCACCAGCUGUCAACCAAAUCGAGGCACACCCUUAUUUGCAACAACCAGAACUGUUGGAGUGGCACAAAUCUCAAAAUAUUGCAGUAGCGGCUUAUAGUCCACUUGGCAACAAUAUCUACAACCUGCCCAAGGGCGUAGAUGAUCCUACCGUGCUUUCUGUGGCGAAAAGUCUUGGAAAACAGCCUGCUCAACUUCUUAUUAGCUGGGCUGUUCAGAGAGGUACCAUAGUUCUCCCAAAAUCCGUUACACCGGAGCGUAUAAAGGACAACUUCCAAGGUUUGUUAUCCCCAGAAAAUCAGACUUUAAGGGGUUUAAGCUAA